AUGGGCAACCCCAACAGAGCUGUGUGGAGCAGCAGUGUCCCACUCCCGCUGUCCCUGUCCCGUUCCCGGUGUCCCCUCCCCUUGCCGGCCCGGGCCAUGGCCCCGGCCGUUCCCCUGUGCCGGGCGGGGCCGCCCCGUCCCCGGCCCUGGGCGGCCCGGCGCGGUCUCGCCCUCGCCCGGCUCCCGGCGCGCCGGUUGUGGCGCUGCUGGGCGCUCCUGUGGGGCUGGCUGUGGGACGGGCUCGGCCUCGCCGCCCCUUGGCUCCGCCUGGCUCGAGCCCGGCGCCUGCCGGGGCCGGCGGGGGCCGCGGGCGCCGCGGCCGCUGCCGCCUCCUCGGCGGCUUCCCCGGCCAGAGCUCCGCCGCUCGCCAGCCCGGCCGCCGGCAGCGAGCCGCCGCUGCCCGCUGCGGCUGGGGAAGCCCGGCCCGGGCCGCUUGAGGGGCGCUCGGGGGCCGUGCCGGGCCCCGGCCCCAGCGCUGACGGCCACGUCUCGCCCGCACCGAAGGCCAAGGAGCCGCUGCACGAGCGCUACCGGCUGCAUUCGCUGCUGGGCAGCGGCGGCUUCGGCCGCGUCUACGCGGGGACCUGCCUGGCGGACGGAGCCCCGGUGGCCAUCAAAGCCGUGUCCCGGGAUGGCAUCCGGCGCUGGGGCGAGCUGCCUGACGGCACCCGGGCCCCCCUGGAGAUCGUGCUGCUGGACAAGGUGUCCAAUGGCUUCCCUGGGGUCAUCCAGCUCCUGGAGUGGUUCGAGCUCCCCAACGGGUUCCUGUUGGUGAUGGAGCAUCCGGAGCCGUCUCAGGACCUCUCUCGCUUACUGAGGGCGUGGGGGUUCCUGCCGGAGGAGAUGGCGUGGGGGCUGUUCCGCCAGGUGCUGCAGGCCGUGCGGCACUGCACCAGCUGCGGCGUCCUGCACCGGGACAUCAAGCCCCAGAACAUCCUCCUCCACCUGGCCAGCGGCGAGGCCAAGCUCCUGGACUUUGGAUGUGGCACCUUCCUUAAGGACACGGUCUACACCCAGUUUGCAGGAACACUGUCAUACAGCCCGCCAGAGUGGAUCUACCUCAAGCGCUACCACGGCGAGGAGGCGACCAUCUGGUCCCUGGGCAUCCUGCUCUACCAGAUGGUCUGCGGGAAGCACCCUUUCCGCAAAGGCCCCAACACCAUCUGGGCCCAGCUCCCGUUCCCAGCACGGGUCUCU